AAAAAAUCUUUGCAUAACGCCAUGGCUGAUGAUCUAAACUUUUUCGGAUUUGUGAAACACUUAUCAUUCUCUCAUCCCACAGGAACAGCAGAUGGGUUGUCCUUGUACAAAAUGUGGUAUCCACCUGCACUUCAUUAAGAGAGCUGCAUUUUCGUACAUGCCACACCACAAGAUCACCAUGAUGACAUAGCAGCUUCAGAGAACAGCGUGACUAGGGUUUUUUUUUCAGGGUCUUUUUUUUUUUUUCCUCUUGUAACACAGAGGAUCUGGCAGACUUUUACCUCCUGUCACUGUUUACAGCAUAUAUUGGUCGAUACAGUCCCUUAUUGCAUCUGCUCUGGGAAUUAAGGAAAGCAGCUUCAAGGCAGUAAGAGACAAGACACAUGGAAAAGAUGACUUUAAACUCUCUACCCAUCUUUCUAAUAUUGAUUAGUGGCAUUUUUUGCCAAUAUGACUAUGGUCCUGCAGAUGAUUAUGGUUAUGAUCCUUUUGGGCCAUCCACAGCAGUCUGUGCCCCAGAAUGUAAUUGUCCUUUAAGCUAUCCUACUGCAAUGUAUUGUGACAAUCUUAAACUGAAAACCAUUCCAAUUGUACCAAGUGGAAUAAAAUACCUUUAUCUUCGAAACAAUAUGAUUGAGGCCAUUGAAGAGAACACAUUUGAUAAUGUAACAGACCUGCAGUGGCUGAUCCUAGAUCACAAUCAUCUGGAAAAUUCAAAAAUUAAGGGAAGAGUCUUCUCUAAACUAAAGAAUCUGAAGAAACUUCACAUUAACUACAACAAUUUGACUGAAGCUGUUGGACCGCUCCCCAAAACUCUGGAUGACCUGCAAUUAAGUCACAACAAGAUCACAAAAGUCAAUCCUGGUGCACUUGAGGGGCUGGUAAAUCUAACUGUCAUUCAUCUCCAGAACAACCAGCUGAAAGCAGAAUCUAUUUCUGGGGCAUUUAAAGGUCUGAAUUCACUUUUGUAUCUAGACUUAAGCUUCAAUCAACUUACAAAGCUACCAACAGGACUGCCUCACUCCUUACUCAUGCUGUAUUUUGACAAUAACCAGAUCUCCAAUAUUCCUGAUGAGUACUUCCAAGGUUUUAAAACCCUGCAAUAUUUACGUUUAUCCCACAAUAAAUUAACAGAUUCUGGAAUACCAGGCAAUGUCUUCAAUAUCACAUCAUUGGUCGAAUUGGAUCUGUCCUUCAAUCAACUGAAGAGUAUUCCAACUGUCAGUGAGAAUCUUGAAAACUUCUACCUCCAAGUCAACAAAAUUAACAAGUUCCCAUUGAGCAGCUUCUGUAAGGUUGUUGGACCACUGACAUAUUCCAAGAUCACACAUUUACGCCUGGAUGGAAACAAUCUCACUCGGGCUGACCUGCCACAGGAGAUGUACAACUGUCUUCGAGUGGCUGCGGAGAUCUCACUGGAGUGAGAUGCCUCAGAGUCUGCAGUUCCCUUCUAUGGGCCAUUAUUACAGGAAUUGCAUCAUGAUAGCUCUUUAAAUUUAGGAUACGUCUUAAAAAAAAGUCAAUCUGCAUAUUAUCCAUUCUGUUUGUUAACAUUUAGCAUGCACUUGGCAACCUUAAGGAAAUGUGUGCAUAUUUUUACAAAAGGUUGUUAUUUAGAAAGCACAAGAAUGACCAGAUGUGGUGCAAAAUAUGCCUUCAUGUGGUUAGUUAAGUUGAGGGAAAACACUCAACCUGAUAGAAAUCCAUGUUCAAGCAUGCAAUAUGUACCAUCUGGUACCAGACGUAUGUAGAAGUCAGCUGGGUUUCAUCAGAGUGCUGAGCAGUAUGGGCUAGCCUGUGUAAAUAGAGAUUCUCCCUGCAAGCAAUCCAGCAUUCUUAAUUAUUCAUGUCCUUCUUUUGUUAAAGUGAUUUAACAAUAUAAAAGCAGUUCAAAAAUGUAUGAAAAUAUUUUUCGGAGCUAUUACAGUAUGAAAUGAAUAGAAUAUGUGAAGAAUAACAGGGAAACAAACAUUUUUUUCAGGUCAAAAAUUGUUUUCUUUUUGCAUACUUUCAUUUAAAUUUUCACUGAAAGAUUUUUAUCCAUUGCUGAUACAAUUGUUAUUUCAAAAUAAGUCAUAUAUACAAGUAUUUUUAUUCAAUUACUUGCAUGCUACUUUUAACCAGAUUGUAGAAAAUAAAACAUAGUAAAUAGUAUUUCUGUGUCCAUAUCAUUGCAAACAGUGUUUCCAUCUUUUAUAAAAUGAAAAGAAAAAAAUCCUUCAGGUUAAAAUACGAUAAUCAAAGCCAUUCUAUUUUGCAAAAUUUAUUGUAAGGUUAAAUAAACUGUUUUCUCUACUUUUAAGUUUCAAUAUGUUUAUAAAGUUACAAUUUUACCUACUCCACCCCACUUGCAUUAGCCAUUAAGUCCUCAUCUUCUUGAGGCUGCAUUAUGAAACAUCGUGAAUUAAUUUGUAAGCGCUGUCAAAAGAAUAACAAAAUCUCUCAGAAGCAGCAGGCAACAACUAAAAUGCAACCCUAGCUAUUCAUGACAGAAAAAUAGUAAUGUACCUGGGAAUGAUUAGUCCAAAUACUGUCAGCAUCUCGGAACACGCACUAGAAAAAGUGCUAGUAACUGAGAGUCAUAAAUGACUUGCUUGCAAACACAGAUCAUCCCAUGGGUGAUAUUUAGACUAUUAAGCACUCAACCAGAAAUUCUUGGAGUUUCCAUAGUAAAAGCAGAAAGUAUCAUCUAAGAAAAAAAAACCAGACAGGAUUUAGUUUUAGCUAGAGGUGAAGUACGUAGUGUAUGUUCUGUAAUAUCCAUUAAAGAUGUUUAGAAACAUCCACAAAAGGGGUCAGGAGGUAUCUUACAGGUAAACUGUCUUCUCCUUUCCAAGCUGUCGCUCUUCCUCUCUUAAUAUACUGUACUCCUCAGACCAAUAAUUCAUUGCAGUUUUCCACUGCCAAACAGUGGGACAGAAUCAGGGCUGCACAGUGAAUGGGCAAGAUGGCAAAGCAAAAGUUGCAAAAGAUAAAUUCAGGCUGGAAAUGUGAACAAAUUCUUCACAAUGACAGUGUGAAACCCUGUUACAAGUUGCCCAGGGAGGCUGUGGACCCUCCGUCUUUUGAGAUUUUCAGAAAAUGGGUGGGUACUGCCUUGAGGAACAGCUGUGGUUUUGAAGAUGGCUUAACUUCUAUAAGGAGGUUAAACUGAAGUACCUCCACUAUUUCCCUUAAACUUAUUAAUAAUUUAUACUACUCCAGGAAUACUGGUAAGUAAUGGGGAAAAAUAUCAGUUUUAACCAGCUCAACAGUUGAAGAGUUUUGCAUUAAAUUCACAUGGAAAAUUUAUUGUUUUGAGUUCCAGUCCAUAAUUCAGAUUCCCUGGAUACUCACAAAAUCGUAACUCAGCUAACAUUUGGAGAUAGAUUCCAUAGGUAAAAACUGUGGAAACUCUCCUCUGAUGCCCAGAUGUCUGCAGCUGGCCUGUUCAAGUCUGCUCCCAUUCUAACACGUGUGAACUACUCAGUGCCAGCAGUGAAGUCAGAGGCCCAACCCAUCUAACCAUCCCAUGUGCAAUAGCAGUGGUAAAGAUGCUUAGAUGUCUACACAAAAAUAGAGUCUGUACUAGGAGCUAUUAUCCCUCUGAGCAGAGUGCUCAUGAGAGACAUCUUGGUUCCAACUUUUUUUGCAGAUUUAUACAUUAGAUGAAAGACUCUCAUUCUGCAAGAAAAGAACUUAAUUAAUAACCUAUACAAAAUUCACGGAUAAAUACCUUCUAAAUUUUAGUACGCACUGUGAGCAGUUAAAAAUCAGUUGACAAAGAGGAAAACAAGAAAAGCUGAAAUUGUGCUUUAGGGCACUCAUCUUGAAUGAAGGAAAGUGGCUGAGUAAAUAAUAAUUUUAUUAUGCAAAGCACAACAGCCUAAAAAGAAAAAGCUGGGCACUCCUUACCACACAGUAGUCUGCAGAGUCAGAAAUUAAGCUGUGCUUAUAAGCAAGACAUAAAAAAUUUUUUGUCCAUAUCUCUACCUUGCUGUAACUAAAAAGUGUUUCUGAGAUACAGGGAUCUUCCUGAUGAAAACAACUUGAACAAGUUCAGAGGUGAGACUGAAUCACUCAAGACUGUGCUCGAUGAAUCACAUAAGCUCUUUGCCCUGAAGUCUUCAGUUUGCAUUCUCUAAAUUGCUAUUAGUUAGAUAGCAUUUGUGGAUCCUUAAGGUUCUACAUAUACAGAAUCAUGGAGCUGUUUAUUUCCUCAAGGAAGACCAUCCUCAGUGACAUUUUGAACAAGUGUCUGAAUUCAUUACUAAUAGCAGUCUAAUAAUACUUUCAAGUGUUCAUGAAAAAAAUAGCACACGAUUUAAGAAGGUUUAUGAAUUCUGCCUAUGCCUCCUGUCAGAUUUUGUGAUAAGGGUUUACUCAGAAUAAGAUUAUUCUGAUUAGCAUGUAGGCUAUGUUUUUAACAUUGGAAAUAGCUGUAGAAUCUCAGCAGUGGAGAUGUCAAAAAACAAACAUUUUGUUCACAAUCAGACUCUCUAAAUCUUUCCCAAGAGACAGGUAUGAAUGUUGAUGAGAGAAAGUAGUUAAGUCUGGGAUACCAGUGAGAAUGGAAGCACGUUUUUCUUGUCACAAAACAUAACCAGCUGCUUAGUAAUAUGGCAUUUUCUAGAUUUAAGUUUCUAGCAUUCAACAGACAUGCAAAAACUCACAUAUCUUAUAUCCCUUGUGGACCUUCUUGAUAGCUGCACCCUGGGGCAUAGCUCAUCGUGGUAUAAGCUGCCUAUAAUAAUGUAUUUUUUUAAUAGAUGGACAGGCUCCUUGCUGUGAUUGAUGCACCUAUAUACAGAGAAAGACACUGCUAUACUAGUUGUCAGUGACUUAGAGAAGUUCUAUGCCAGAAGUUGCAGCUCCUAUUAUCUUUGCUAUUGUCCAUCUAUCAGUUCUUGUAUUGCUUAGCCAGCAUGUGAAACAACUGAAGAGGUGAUCAAAUUAUCUUGGAGCCUUUGGACAUGCAAAGAAAACAGGCUGUUAGAUUUAAUUGUAUGGACGGCUAGGCUGUGUAAAAGAACAUUUUUGUGUCUUGUAGCAUGAGGUAGUGUUCAGGACAGCAGUGCUGUCUGAUCAACCUGACUAAAGGACACAUUCCAGAAAUUACAAAGACACUUUGAAAUAUACUGAAUAGUGCCUGUAAAAAUAUCUAGUUCUGCUGAAGAUAAUGCCUUUAUUGAAACAUGCAUAAGACUGCAGACAGAAGUACUGUAAGUUUUUAUAAAUGUCAUACCUUGUAAACCAAAAAAAAUAAUAAGCUGUCCACAAGAUAAAGAAGGCCAAAUGCUGUCUUUCAAAAAUUUGAUUUUUUAUUUUUUUCCCAUGAACUUUUUGAUAUUUCAUUGUGUAUCUCUGCUAUGCAUCUUAUUCUGUCAACACAUUUGCAAGGUUUCUUGAACUUCACAUUUAGACUUAAUGAUUAGGACUAUUUUACUGUCAAAUAAAUAAACAUGAAAGCUUGUGAGUUCUCAAAAGAAUACCAAACUUAUGUCCAACAUCACAUUGAUUUUGAGAAAUAUUUGUGAUUCGACGUAUAAGAAAAGAGUUGUUUUUUGUUUAGGUAAUAAAAGUCAUCUCCUGCAGGAUUUUUCAGGCCCACCCGAGACUCAGAAGAUGAGAAGUGUGCUGUUCCUAAUGAAAUCCACAGCCUUGACACCAAGUGUAUAUUACUCUUACAGUGCAGAAAGGCACUAGGCAUUUUGUUCUGGAAUUCACAGCAGCUGCUGCGAUUAAGUGGAGAAUCACUUGAUUCUCCCAUAGAGCUAGCUUUCUUAAAAAAAAAAAAAAAAGUGGUGUUGUGCUGAAGUGCUUGUUGAGGAGACUUUAAUCUACACUAUAAAGGCAUUGUUUCAACAUGUUCUAUAUGAAAGGAUAAUCGGUGACUGAAGUAUUCAUGCUGAGCAAGACUGUAGCUUCAAGUCAGGACUCUGGAAGAAAACAUGAGUACUUUGGAAUUGCCAGCUGUUGAAAAUUAUGUCUAACCAGACUAUUAAAAAAUCACAUAUUCUUCGUUCAGUAUUUCCCAAAGAGUAUCUGCAUUAAAAAUUAGACCAAAAUAUAUUACAAUUAAUGGAAAUUGAAGUACAGAUUACAUUUUCACAUACUUAUGCCAUUUGGAUUUUCUUUCAAAAUACUAAAAAAGCACCUUAUCCUUGAAUUUCUCAUCUGCCAGAAUCACUAUAGUAGAGUUUAGUAGAGUUUUAUUAUAAAAGGACUACAAUAUUAUUUUCAUUAAGAUGUGGGGGUACUGUUUUUUGAAUGGCUUGCUAUUUCUUUCAGAACACAGAACUUUCUAGAAGUCUGAGCUUCUCAGAAUUCAUCACCUUACUAUGGGAAUCUAAAAUGAAGAAGUGUUCAAAUUAUUUUAUAUUUCUUUAACAACAGAACUAAAUAAAAGAACA